AUGAGAGAGAGGAGCCGCCGCUUUACCAGUGCAUCAAAGACGUCAUGCUGAAAAUGUGCACACGUCUGCUACAAGCUAAGUUUGAAAGCAAACAAGAAGCUGUAGCGUCCAUUGACGAAAAUAUGUACUGUAAAUCCACUUCAAUUCCCAGCAGAGACUCCCAGCUCCACAUACGCAUCUGCGCUCUGCGCUGACUCUCCUUUCUUCUCAUCCUCGGCUCCACAAGCCAUCCAUCCAUCCAGCCGCAGGCUGUCCAACAGCACCGACAUUUCCGCUGAACAAAAUGGGGCUGUGAAAAAUGCUGCCCAAUUCAGGAGCAGAAAACACAAGCGUCCCGGAGCUCUCCAGUACCGGCAAUCAAUGGGCGCCGACAUUCCUCCCAAUCAAAAUCAUUGCUGGUACACGUGUGCUGCCGAGAAGGCGCAACCACCAAGCAGAUAUCCUGACGAGCGACAAACCCAUCCUGUUCUGCACCCUCAAUUCCUAUAAGGUAGACAUGCAGAAGUUACUUGGAGGGCAGAUUGGACUGGAGGACUUCAUAUUUGCUCACGUCAGAGGAGAGACGAAGGAGGUGGAAGUGACCAAGACAGAGGAUGCACUGGGCCUCACCAUCACAGACAAUGGUGCUGGAUAUGCAUUUAUUAAGAGAAUAAAAGAAGGCAGCACAAUAGAUCGACUGAAGACGGUGUGUGUCGGUGACCACAUCGAGGCCAUCAAUGACCAGAGCAUUGUUGGAUGUCGACAUUACGAAGUGGCCAAAAUGCUGAAAGAGCAACCGAGAGGCAUUCCCUUCACGCUACGCCUGGUGGGACCCAAGAGGGCCUUUGACAUGAUCGGAAUGAGGACCAAAGCACCGAAGUCUCAUGAAGGCAAAAUCGUCAAUGGAAGGGAAACUCUGCGCCUCCGUUCCAGAGGUUCUGCAACUGUUCAGGAAGUGCAGAAUGAGAUUGAAGAACAGGCCACCAUGAAAGUGGAUGACCUGCUCGAAAGCUACAUGGGCAUUCGAGAUUUAGAGCUCGCAACCACCAUUGUGGAAGCAGGCAAAGACAAGAAGAACCCUGAUGACUUUGCAGAGUCUCUGGACUCAGUUCUGGGAGAUUUCGCUUUUCCUGAUGUGUUUUUGUUUGACGUAUGGGGAGCAAUUGGAGACGUAAAAAAUGGGAAAAUCUAGAUUUGUUUGGAGACCAUAGAGCAGUGCUCCCCGGCACAUCUAAUUAUGAGAAGGCAUUGUAGCCUUCUCAUAUCUGACAGGAAUUUUUAAUUCAUUCAUACAUGUUUAAUGCUUGCAUGCAUUUAACAUUCACGCGAGAAUAACUUUCUUCUACAACCAUGGCAGGGAUGGAAAUGAGUGUAUGCUUUAUGUCUUGGUAUCAAGUAACAUUAUUGUUCACCUCAGAAUGAGAAUCUGACUACCAUGUACAUUUUUAGGUCCAAUAAAUAAUGUACAGAAAAUGUAUGGAAUUUACUCUACAAUGUACUGAAACUUAAUGCUAAACAAUGAAUAUAAAAAAUAGGCAUUACUUAAUUAUCUUAUUUACAACAAUAACAAUAGUAAAGAUUGUGGUUCGUUAAAAAAAAAA